AUGCCCGUGCCAUUCCCCGGUUGUCUCCGCUUCUUAGGUCAGGUCAUACCGUUUGACUACCCGAUCAUCGAUGCGGAGAUGUCUCCAUCGACAAGAAAUGACGAGAAACGGUUCCAACUGACCCGUACUCCCGUGAACUGCCGCGAGAUCCCGUGUACCACGUGGGGACGGCGUUCCGGAAAGUGGGGCUAUCUCGGCUCCGAAGUCCGGGCCAAACCGGUACAUACAUGCCGCAGGUGGUUUUGGCUGUCCCGGCUUCCGAGAGGGGAUCUCUCUCUAGACCGGCCCGGCCCUAGUGUGGGUGGACUGUGGAACACGGGGCUUGAGCCCAGAUGGAGGAACGCCUCCGGACAUGCUGCCAAGGGCAACCUCAGGCCGCCUGAGACCUCCCAUCAGGUCUCUCUUCUGAUAAUAGUUGUCCGAGCCCCGUACAACGAACUCGUUGCAUCCGGAGCCAUACUAGACAAGACUCCUACACAUGGACGUCGAUAUCGUCCUACUGCUGCCCAAACUCACCGCUAUCAAGAUCCAGCCCAGGUCAAUCGCGAGCGUCGACAGAGGUUCCACGAGAUUGACAGCCUGCACGUGUGCGAGAACGCCAAGUGGCUACGGUGGACACGGCGAUGGACGUCCGAUGCCCUGUCGCCACUCGCCAGUGCGCCACCACGGUCCACGGCAAACAAUACACUGUAA